CCAUUGAAAAUUACGCUGAAAAAACCUAUCACCUUUCCAAAGAAUCAAAAGGGAAAAACAAGAAAACUCUUUCUGAUGAAUCACUCAAAGAAUUCAAUAAUCUAAAGAAAGAGUUUGAAGGUGAAAAUAUUGUCGCUAUUCCAAUUGAACAAGAUAACUCCAUACCAAUAGAUAUCGAAAAGGUUAAAGCAUCAACAGACAUGCCAAUCCAUUCAGAUAAUAAUAAUCUAAACAAUGGUAGUUUUCACUUGGAGAGAUAUAUCAAUCGAUUUCUUAUCGCUACCAAAAACAAUGUAUGCAAUAAACGGAUUUACAGUUGA